UCAUGACGGAACACGAGUACCCGCCAUUGCCCUUUAAAAAGCGUAUCAGUUUCGAAACGGGAGCUCUGGGCGAACAUUUUGCUUCUGUGCUUGUCGGGUCGCUGGCUGUUAUAUGAGAGAGUUCGAGAAUGGACGAAAGAUGAGAGAGCUGGAUGUUGAUCGGAAUGUCAAAAAGGAAGAGAGGUCCACCUUAAGUAGUUUCGACAAGAAAGACCAUGAUAGCAUCGGUAAUGCUAUCGUUCCUUUGUCCUUAGCAACCGUUUCUACCUGCUCUCAGACUUGCAUCCUAUUGUCCUCGAAUGACAUUCCUUUUGUCCUCUGUCAAUGCACUAAAUUUCCCUUUGUCCUCGAACGGAGCUUCCCUUUGUCCUCGAACGGAGCUUCCCNUUGUCCUCGAACGGAGCUUCCCAUUGUCCUCGAACGGAGCUUCCCAUUGUCCUCGAACGAAGCUACCCUUUGUCCUCGAACAGAGAGUGUCCCAUUGUCCUCGAACAGAGAGUCCCUUUGUCCUCGAACAAAGAGUCCCUUUGCCUUGGUGGGGUCCGGAAGAAGAAGAAUACCACUGAUCUGAGCGGCUGCAUCAAUUUUCAACGAAUAUUUAACUUUUAGUCUAACAUUUAAGAAGC